UUUUUUUUAUUAUUUUUUUUAGAAAAAGAGGAUGAAGCAGAAACAAUAGGAAGCAGUGGGAACAAAUUUGCAGUGGGUUUGACAAUGACGACGAAGCACGAUGCGGUUUCGUCCCCAUUGGAAGGAGAGAGGUGGUUGAAAGUUGAAUCAAAAACUUUCGUUUUUACGAAAGAGGGAGGUAAUAUUUUUCGCAUUUCGGAACGUAGCAAAAGGAUAGCUAAGUUCAUGUAUCUAGGGGGGACGACAGCUUCGUGGGUGGCUAAGGGGAUUGAGGAUUGUUUAGAACUUAACUGCCAUGAAGGUUUCUUCAGAGAGUUAAGGAUGGGUAAUGGAGUUUUUAGCAUUCAACAUCAUGUUAAUGCAAGGGGCAGUUUUCUCCAGCUCUCUGAAUUCCGAAAUGGAAGGAGGAAAGGUUUGUUGGUGAUUCCAGAGGGCGCAAAUGUCAUUGGAUGGAAAGGCUUUCUGCAAUCCAUUCUAAGUGUCACUGAAUCUAAAGCCACUACUAAAAGUGGGGAGUUUAUUGAUGGAAAAACAGUGGGAAGGCCUUCCUCAAUCAAAAGUGCUUCGUACGUAGCGGUGUUGAGGUCACUGGCGGGUAGUCAGGCCGAGAUCAGCUCAGCGGUAGAAAGAAAGGGCAAUGCACUUGUAGGAGACAAAAGAUCUCAGGUGACAUUGGGUGAGUUGGAGGGAGGAGUUAUAGAUUAUGUAAGAGAUCUAAUGAUUAAAGUGGAUAAGGGGCUGGACCUAAUUGUGGGUACAAGUGUGCUACCAAGUGUGCCGGAAAGUGUGCAAGCAAAGGGUGUGUCGGCGAUGGGGUCGUUGGACGCUGGCAUCUUUGUUCAUGCCAAUGUCACUAUGCCUUCUGAGGGAGCUGUAGGGUCUCAGGCACCAGUUGCAGAUGAAGUUGGUCCUUUUGUCCAGGGUUCAUUUGUAGUUGAAGAUGGGGGUCCCUUUAAGGUCUCGAGUAUUUUGGAAGAUACAGUCGAGCCUCUUUUUGAAAAUGCAAACGGGGCAACAGAAGGUAGUGCUUCCCCCUCUUGAGGAAGUAGCACGGCAAGGAUCGUCGAGGGGUGGAGCUAAUACACACAAUGUUGAUGGAGGGGAGAAAUUUGCGAUGGUAACAGAUGGAGGGGACAACAACCAUAUAGAUGUUGAGCAACCAUUGGGUGGGAAGGAUUUGUCAUUGGUGCCUCGUGUGGGGGAAGGUUCAGAAUUGGCGUUGGUGCCCCGUGUGGGGGAAGGU